AAACCACGUGUCGUUAGCUUCCUGUUUGGGAGGUGGCUUCCUCACAACACGCUGGGAUUUGUUUGACAGUGUUUUUCAGAGAUGGAUGAACUACCUGCGGAUAUCAGAACAUUUCUAACUGAUCACCCCUUUUUCCAGCUCACAGAUGGCAAAAAGAUCAAAUGCACCCUAAAUGGACACGAGUUGCCCUGCAGCCUGGCGGAGCUGCACUCCUUUAUCCAAGGAAAGAAAUAUAAGAAACUGAAUGCAGAAGCAGAGUUCAACUACAGCCAGUAUGAGCCACACAUUGUAUCAAGCACGAAGCAACCCAAUCGGCUCUUCUGCAAACUGACCCUGAAACAUCUCAACCGGCAGCCAGAUCAUGUCCUAAGACACGUCAGUGGGAAACGUUUCAAAAAAGCCCUUUCUCAAUAUGAGGAGUGUACGCGGCAGGGAAUUGAGUUUGUUCCAGCCAGACUGAAACAGAAGAAGCCCAAAAACACAGGAGGAGAAAUGAGUCAGCCCUCAAAAAGACGACCUAACGGCAUGUGGGAGCCUUCAUCCAGUGAGGGAGAACACAGCGACUCAGAAGACAGCAUGAGUGACCUCUACCCAUCUGCCAUGUUCUCUUUAAAAACUCCCGAGGUAGAAAGCACAGCAGGUGGAGAAAAUGAAGAAGAGGAGCAUGACUUUCAAACAGAAGACGACGAGGAAAUGGAAGUCGACACACAGGUGGCGCAGAAGCGCAAAAAGGUCCAAGGUGGUGGUUUCCAGAAGAAAUUCAGAAACAACCGGUGGAAAUCUAGAAACAAGAAACACAAAAAAGCCCAAAAUGGAAAGUAACUUGUGAAAACACAAACAUACAGUAUUUUUUUUCAUAGCUGGGUAACUGUCAGCAGACAACACUGACAUCCAGUUAGAAUAUGUAUUUAAACCAGCCUGACCUCUGUAUAUAUCCAUGAUGCAAGUGACUGUUGGGAAAUGCUUUAUGUUUCUGAAGUCAUGAUGUCAGCAAAGCUGGUUUUUAUGACAUAAAAUGAUUUUUCUCUGGGUCAGUUGGAGUUCUUUGUGAUUUCUAAUCUUGAUGCACUUGUAAAUAAAUACAGCAUAGUUUAGACUGUGCCAUGUUUUA